AUGAUUCCGGCACCGGUUGCAUCACCACCCGCUCAGCCAGCUAGAGGUAGGGGUCACGGAGCCAAAAGUAAAGGUCAGACAGCAAGAGCUGGAGGUCAGGCUGUUAGAGGUGGAGUUGGAUGGUUUGAGCCGGCGGAGGCUCGGUUAUUAGGUACAGAUUUGGAACAAGAUGCCUUGGAUAAGGUUAAGAUCAUUCAGGAUAAACUUCGCACCACUCAAUCCAGGCAGAUGUGUUAUGCCGACUAUAAGGUUCGUGAUGUUGCAUUCAUGGUCGGAGAGAGAGUUUCUCUCCGGAGAGUGGGUGAGGUGGCUUACAAGCUCGCAUUGCCACCUGGUUUGUCAGCAGUUCAUCCGUGUUCGCAUUUGCGAACAUUCCCCAAGCUGGCAGGCUCGCAAUUGCGAGCAAAUUUUUCGCAUUUGCGAAGAGUACCUGGGCCAGCCUUAAUUCGCAUAUUCGAUCUAGAGGUCGCAUUUGCGGGGAGCCACUUACUUUCAGAAAUGGCUGAAGCCUUGUGGAAGAGAGUGAGGACGCUGGGUAGAGGUGGGUUUGGGGUUGUUUCUUUAGCUUCCACGUCCAAUAUUCAACCUGCCGCGUUAGAGCGUCUUCCACCUCUCAUUGCAGUUAAAUCUUGCAUACUCGAUCGUUCUGGAUCGUUGCAAGAAGAAAGGGCAUUCCUCCGCAUGUUUGAAUACUCGCCUUACGUAAUUCACUGUUAUAGAGUUAAUAUUACACAAGAAGAUGGCGUCACCCUUUACAACUUACUUCUCGAAUAUGCCUCCGGAGGAAGCUUAGCCGAUCGUCUUCACAACUACAAUUCAGGGGAAGGACUGUCAGAGUUUGAAGUUAGAAAACACACGAAGAACAUUGUUUUAGGGCUCAUUCACAUACACAGCAGAGGAGUUAUUCACUGUGACAUAAAGCCAGAUAAUAUUCUUCUUGCCGGCACUGAUGAAACAGCCAAGAUCGCAGAUUUCGGGCUCUCUAUGACUUUGGAACAGAGCAGGGCCGAAAACCAGGGACUGAAGGGAACUGAAAGGUAUAUGGCACCAGAAUCCGUGGCUGACGAAAAGUACGGAACAGAAGUUGAUAUAUGGGCUCUCGGUUGCACUGUCUACGAGUUGAUGACGGGGACACCGCUGUGGGAAUCAGAUGAAGAUAGCCAAGAUUCGGGUGUUUUAUACAGAAUCGAGUUUGAGAAACCAAUGUUUCAGAAUGCAAAGUUGUCGAAUGAAGCACAAGAUUUUUUGAAGAGGUGUCUAGUCAAGAAUCCCACUUCACGUUGGACGGCGGAGAUGCUAUUGAACCAUCCGUUUCUGAAUUCAUCCAAAGUAGCAGACAAUAAUGUCCAGCCUGAAACAAAGACAACUAAGAAGCUAGGUGGUUACAAAAUUAUUUUACACAGACCGCAGCAGAAGAUAGUAUUCAAGACACAACCACAUAACCGUGAAGUGAUUAUAGAACAUUGA